AUGGACGACCACCGACGGCUAAAGGCAAUACAAACUUCACAUCAAGGGCUCCAGUUGGAAAAUUAUUUGAACGACUCCUGUAUUUCUCUACAUUCCAUUAAUAUCGAACCUGAAACCGAGCCUGAAACAACUUGCCAUUCAGAGCAGGAACAGUGUAACAUCUUUGAUGAUGAAGGUGAUAGUUUCAACCCCAUUUUAGACGACUUCUGUCCUGAUCAAUCUUCGGAGACCGUAAAGAACCAAGUUGUAGGACUUGUAUCAAAUCUUUUAGGUUUGGGUAUUCCCAUUUCUACCAUUUCAAUUAUCACUGAUAAUAUCGAAGAAAUUGUAAAUUCCAUUUUUGAUGAAAUUAGGAAAAUUAUAGCAAAACAUGUGAAUGAGGAGUGGAUUUUUUUUUCAACGAAGGUUCUUGCAUCUUUUAAAGAGAUUAGUUCGGUUUAUAAAAUAAAAAAACACUUUUCCAAAGACAUGGUCAAAGCUAAAGAAAUUUCAAUAGGUGUGAUCAAGUUUUUGAUAGAUCAAGAAAUUCUUAUGUACAAAAAAAUUUAA